UACUCCACCAGGAUCUCCAAUCCCUCAAAUCAGCUUUAUGAGGAUUUAGCGCUGGCCUCUGGAGGGCAGGCGAUUGAAGUUACCAAAGCAACACUUCCUCAAGCCACCAGAAUUAUAGUGGAUGCCUCCACAUCUUCUCUAGUAACUGUUUUCCAAGCCGUAAGGAACCCAGGAAAAGAAGAAUCCUUCUCUUUCAUUGUGGACGACUCACUGAAAAAUAUGACUAUCUAUAUUACAGGCACUUCUCUAGUGUUCAACAUCACAAGCCCAUCAGGCGAUUCUCAGACCAAUGAAGGAUUAAACGGAAAACUAGGGUUGGUUGAGCAUGUUGGCAACUUUUACACAGUGCGUCUGACUAUACUUGAUCAAGUAGGCCUUUGGAACAUCAACAUUAGCUCAUUACAGCCCUACACCAUCAAAGUCCUUGGCCAAAGUGACAUUGACUUCCUCUUCAACUUUGUGGAGCUAAGCGAAGGUGCUCAUUCAGGCUACAGUGUAUUGAGUGGCAGACUCCCAGCAAACAGUAAUGUUACACUGUUGCUCACCAUCAUGGGUGGGGACACGGUUACCCCCACAGAGGUGGCUCUUGUGGAAUCAUCAGGAUCCCAGAGUAUUAAUGGAACUCUAGAAAAGAUUGCAGAUGGGAAAUUCUUAGUCACAAUGAACAGUGUCCCAGCAGGAGAAUUUGUUGUCCGUGUGAUGGGGGAGAGGAGUUCUUCACGGUCAUCAAAUGGUGGCUUUCAGAGGCAGUCCAUCACUCAACACAGAGCUUCGAGUCUGGUUAUUACUGCCCGGACAGAUGAGGUGUGGGAGCCUGGGAAGACACUGAGCAUCCCUUUCACAGUGGUGAACAAUAGCUCUGAUGUACUCUUCAGUAUUAAUGCCAGGAAUGACCAUGGGUUUGCCACAGUAUUUCCCAGCACCGUGUACGUUGGAAGUGGGAAUAGUGCAAAUAGCACAGUAACUAUCACUGCACCCCCAAACACUCCUUCAGGCACUCAAGUGACUCUCACCAUUGAGGCAGAAACAUCAGCGAAAAGUGAUUUCAACUAUGUUGUUCUUAAGCUUACAGUUGUUUCUCCGAUUACAGACUUCACCUCUCCAGUCUGUGAGAUUGUUAGCGUAAAUGCUAACUGCUCAGGCAACUGUAGCCUGUCGUCAUGGGAGCUCUCAGCUAACCUUACUGAUGGAAAUGGGACCGGUAUCAUGUCUUUGAUUCUGCGUCAGGGCCUUGGAACCCUCAACACUACAACCAUAAUCGGGGAAGAAGGUGUAAACGUCACUCUUGCAUUCUACAGCGCCUCUUGUUGUUCUGAACAUGACUACAGCAACUACAGCUACAACUACAGCUACAACAACAAUAUCGAUGACUUCCACUCCCUCCACUAA